AUGGCCUCUCGGUUCCUCAGAGAAUACAAGCUUGUCGUUGUCGGCGGCGGUGGUGUCGGCAAGUCAUGCUUGACCAUUCAGCUCAUUCAAAGCCACUUUGUCGAUGAGUAUGAUCCGACCAUUGAAGACUCGUACCGCAAGCAGUGUGUCAUCGAUGAUGAGGUGGCUCUCCUCGACGUCCUCGACACCGCCGGCCAAGAGGAAUACUCGGCCAUGCGCGAACAGUACAUGCGAACCGGCGAGGGCUUCCUGCUCGUCUACUCCAUCACAUCCCGCCAGAGCUUCGAGGAAAUCACAACCUUCCAGCAGCAGAUUCUCAGAGUCAAGGACAAGGACUACUUCCCCAUGGUCGUCGUCGGCAACAAGUGCGAUUUGGUGGGCGAGAGGGAAGUCACACGGCAAGAGGGCGAGGCCCUGGCCAAGUCGUUCGGCUGCAAGUUCAUCGAGACAUCGGCCAAGUCCCGGAUCAACGUCGAAAGGGCCUUCUACGAUCUUGUCCGCGAGAUUCGACGGUACAACCGGGAGAUGCAGGGCUACUCGACCGGCAGCGGUGGCCCCGCCGGCGCCAACGGAUCCAUGAAGCCCCUGGACGUGGAGGAUGGCGAGCGGGACGCGGGCUGCUGUUCCAAGUGCGUGCUAAUGUAA